AUGCUUCCUCCACGCUUUUAUGGCACUGUUAACAGCAUGAAACCUUUUCCUGAUGAUGGCUCUCUUAGUAAUGAUGAUUCACUAUCUGAUUCCGAUUACGAUGUUUCGUUUUCGCACUUGAGCAACCAGACGCAGGCGCAACCAUUAACUAAACCAAGACUCACUUUCUGCCCCGAAAUGAAUCCCUACAGGGAAGAAGAACGGAUCCGUGCCAUGCUAGAGGAGACAACUACGGAUUCUUCAGGCAAUGAAUCCAAUUCAGAGUAG